AUGGCGGACUCUCUUACCUUCACGGCGCCUUUGUCCAAGGCUUUUGGAUAUGGAAUCAUCCUUGGACUGGGGUUUGCCUUUGCCCUGUUGAUGAUCUUUAUUACUUGGGCUCUAAAACGCUACCAAAAUGAAGUCCAAACAUCAGAAAUGUUCUCAACUGCCGGCCGGUCAGUAAAGUCAGGACUUGUCGCUGCUGCUGUAGUCAGUAGUUGGACAUGGGCUGCCACCCUUCUUCAGUCGUCCGCAGUGGCAUAUAAAUACGGGGUCUCGGGUCCAUUCUUCUACGCAUCGGGCGCCACCGUCCAGAUCCUUCUCUUCGCAACAAUCGCAAUUGAACUAAAACGUCGCGCACCAAAUGCCCACACCUUCCUAGAAGUUAUCCGCGCGCGCUAUGGAACAAUCGUCCACUGCGUCUUCAUUGUAUUCUGCCUCAUGACCAACAUUCUCGUCACAGCAAUGCUCCUCACCGGCGGUGCAGCCGUGAUGACCUCUCUGACCGGCGUACCAACAGCAGCAGCCUGUUUCCUCCUCCCAAUCGGUGUGGUUCUAUACACCCUGUUCGGAGGUAUCAAAGCGACCUUUAUCACAGAUUAUAUGCACACAGUGGUCAUUCUAGUGGUAAUCUUCCUCUUCGCCUUCUCAGCCUACGCCACCAAUGCCGAACUAGGCUCCCCAUCGAAAGUCUACGACGCCCUAGUAGCAGCCUCUAAGCGCCACCCGGUCGAAGGCAACGCAGAAGGCAGCUAUCUGACUAUGCGCUCAAAGGAAGGCGGUAUCUUCUGGAUCAUCAACUUGAUCGGUAACUUCGGUACCGUCUUCCUUGACAACGGCUACUACAAUAAGGCAAUCGCCGCCAGCCCCGUGCAUGCUUUCCCCGGCUACGUUAUUGGCGGUUUGUGCUGGUUUGCCAUUCCCUGGCUUUGCGCUAGCACAAUGGGAAUUUCUGCAUUGGCACUGGAAGGAACGCAGCGUAUGAGCACCGACGAUGUCACUGCUGGACUUGUUCUCCCCUUUGCGGCUGUUAAGCUACUAGGGUACAGUGGUGCUGUUGCCACGACAUUGAUGAUCUUCAUGGCUGUUACAUCUGCUUUCUCGGCUCAGUUGAUUGCCGUUUCUUCGAUCUUUACCUAUGAUAUCUACCAGGCCUAUAUCGAUCCCUCUGCGAAGGGCAAGAGACUAGUUUGGAUCUCGCACAUGUCUUGUAUCGUCUACUCGAUCAUCAUGGCUGGCUUCGCUACCGGUCUCUACUAUGCCGGUAUUGGAAUGGGAUACCUCUACCUACUCAUGGGUGUCAUCAUCUCGUCAGCUGUAUUCCCAGGCGCAAUGACCCUCCUCUGGAAGGGCCAGAAUCACAUCGCAGCUGCAGUCUCACCACCACUCGGCCUGGCAGUUUCCCUCAUUGCCUGGCUAGUCACAGCAAAGAAAGAGUCCGGCAUCCUGACGGUCGACACAACCGGCGCCAACUACCCAAUGCUAGCGGGGAACGUCGCUGCCCUCCUGAGCCCAGUAGUCUUCAGUCCAAUCCUGACCUACGCAUUCGGCCCGCAAAACUACGACUACGAGUCCAUGCGCGCAAUCCGCAAAGUGGACGACACAGAAGUGGCCGCAGCAGCACACAUCGAUCUCGAACUCGUACCUGGUGAAACAGCCCCUGAAGCAGGUCAAACAGAAGAAGAAAACCGGCAACUAAACCGCUCAGCAUUGUACGCGCGAACCCUGACGAUCUUCAUGGCAUUGGCAUUCCUAAUUCUCUGGCCGAUUCCCAUGUACGGAUCUUCCUAUGUAUUCAGUCGGAAGUUCUUUACCGGCUGGGUUGUUGUGGGCAUUAUUUGGUUGUUCUUUACGCUGUUUGGUGUUGUUGUUUUCCCACUUUAUGAGGGUCGUGAGAGUAUCUGGCGUGUUGCUAGAAUGAUGGCGUUUGAUUGUGUUGGUGUGAGGCCUGCUGUUUAUCGGGGACGGAAGGCUGGUGCAGAAACUGGGGAGGCGACGCCUUCUGGUGUGCAGACUCCUGAUGUUGUUGGGGAGAAGCGGGAGAAGGUUAAGGGGUAUGAGGUGUGA